GGGGUUUCCGAAACAUUACCAUUCAUUUCUAAUAUGUCCCGAGCUAACGUGCACCGGGGUUUAGCCAUGCGCCGUUAACCUGUCGUAGCACCGGGUUCUAGUCCCGCUAAGUCAUUCUACAGGGUGAAUGUGGAUUUAACAGCUGGGCGUGUUUACAUCUGCUAACAGCACUGAUGUAACUGUGUCCGACUCGACGGCCGCGUCUUCACAGAGGAGGAAGCCAUCAGCCUCAGCUGCUUGUAUCACCCUGGCAAAUGCCUAACGCAUCAGAAGGUCAGGAGCCGAACCCAUCUGGGCCCGCCGGACCGUCGGGCAUGCAGAGGUCCGCCAACGUGGGCGAGGAACGCGGUCUGAUCAGCUCCUUGGCCCGGGAUGCUGCGAGAGUGAGGCGCGCCUCGAGCGCCGAGCUCCACCUGCCGUGGACCUGUCCCGUCACGCACUCCAGAGAGAAGUUCUACACGGUGUGCUCAGACUAUGCGCUCCUCAACCAGGCCGCGUCCGUGUACUGCCCUCCGAACCCAGCCAGGACCGCGGUCCAGAGCAAGCUGGAUGGCGUGAAGCCCAAGCCCUCGGCUGACUUCGGCGCCGGUCAAAGCGGAGGCGCCCACGUGGGCUCGGACGGGGACUUCGACAUGGAGGACGUCUCCUCUGGCAUCUCUAAGCCCAUUUUGGCCUGGGAGAUCGAUACAGCAGACUUCAACAGCGUGCUCACCAGAAAGAUCAGAACAAGCAACGUCAAGAAAUGCAGCACGAAGAAGAUGAAGUCAUCAGACAGACCCAGCCGCAAUCUGCAGGACGUCCCUCCGCACGCGUCACUGGAGGAGAUCAAACAGAGGAAAGUGUUCGACCUCAGACGAUGGUACUGCAUCAGUCGGCCGCAGUACAAGACUUCCUGUGGAAUCUCUUCUCUGGUGUCCUGCUGGAACUUUUUGUACAGCACUCUGGGCGCAGGGAGUCUUCCGCCCAUCUCUCAGGAGGAGGCGCUGCAUAUUCUGGGGUUUCAGCCGCCGUUUGAAGAAAUCAAGUUCGGUCCUUUCACUGGCAACGCUACUCUGAUGAGGUGGUUCAGACAAAUCAAUGACAAUUUCCGUGUGCGAGGCUGCUCCUACAUUCUGUACAAACCACAUGGAAAACACAAGACAGCAGGAGAAACAGCUGAGGGGGCGCUGAUCAAACUGACGCAAGGGCUGAAGGAUGAGUCCAUGGCCUACAUUUACCACUGCCAGAACCACUACUUCUGCCCUGUGGGCUUCGAAGCCACGCCGCUCAAGGCAGCAAAGGCCUAUAGGGGUCCUCUUCCUACAAAUGAAAUGGAAUACUGGAUCUUGAUUGGGGAACCCAGCAGGAAACACCCGGCCGUUCACUGUAAAAAAUGGUUGGACAUCGUGACUGACCUCAACACUCAAAAUCCAGAGUACUUGGACAUUCGUCACACAGAGAGAGGGAUUCAGCGCCGCAAAACCAAAAAGGUGGGUGGCAACCUGCACUGCAUCAUGGCCUUCCAGAGGGUGAACUGGCAGAAGCUCGGCCCCUGGGCCCUGAACCUGGAGAACCUGCGCCACGACUUCCACCACCCGGGCCCCGAGCGCGCUCACGGCAGCGGCGCGGAGGACUCUGAGGAGAGGACGUCCUCCAAGCGCCUGGGCCACCUGGGACGCUCGCACAGCAUGGGAAGCCAGAAGGACACCUCCUGGAAACGCCUGUCCAACGCCACGGAGAACAGGCAGAGGAGCUCCCCUGACAGCGACCUUGAAGAGGACGUCACAGACUGAAAUCAUCUGGAGACACUUGGGCAGGACUAAGCAAUGGAUAUUAAUUUACAGAAGAGAAGGGCAGGGUCUAAAAUGUAGAUUCAGAAAUGCUAUGACAACCCUAACACCAGUAGUUUCUGGUUUCUAUAAACUCUCUGAAGCACUCGGUACCAGGUUUAAUCUACUUAUGCACAAACACUGGCUAAAAAAGCUGAGCACUGUUAGUUUAGACAAUGGAAAUAGCAAAUGUCUGGGAUAUUACUUGUUGGAUUUGAUCUUUUACAAGUAACACUAGACUCCUUUAACGUUGGUUAAUUAAGAAGACUGUUCCUUAUUGUCUCAAUCAGAUGUUUUUUUUUUCCCAUUUGCCACCAUUCUGUUACUGGCAGUAUCCAGAUUUUGACCAAAGCACCAGCAACUACUACAGAUCCCAAUAACCCAGGCAGCUACACACACACAAGCCACAACAUGUAGACUAAUCAGCAGCAUAUUAGUUUUAGUAGCCAUCUGAAUAGCAGAGUUCAUAAGUUAGAGUAUAAUCGCUCGCAGAUGAAAGUCUUCAAUAUGGUGACGAGAGCUGCAAACAGACACCUGCCCAACGAAGAGGAACAGAGAAUCAGUUCCAAAGACUGUGGUCUCGACCUGACUGUUUUAACCUGAGUUGCUGUAAUGUAACGUGUUUCUGUUUUGUCCACCCCCUGUAUUCAUAUAAGAAAGCAGCAGAUUGUUUUUCCUUAAGUACUGUUCCACUACAUGGUUAUUUGUUUGGGCCAUCCAACUGCUCAUACGCAUACACCUCUGCUUCUGUUGUAUCACAUCGCCUAAAACUCACUGUGGUGAUAUGCAAGAGUGACAAUUAUAGCCAUCACUAAUGCUGUAGAUCCUGUUCAAAGACCACACAUCUUCCAUACUUAGACGUGAUGGUCCAGUCGGUGGGCUCCUUGUGCACAUAGCGUUCUGUGGUUCUUUCGGUGGAGGUGCUGAUCCGUCCCAGUGUCGUGAAAGCAGAUGAUGUUCUCUUGUGCUUUGUGAGACCUACAGACUGUCUCAUAGACGUUCCAGAUCCUUUUAGACAGGAGCUACAAAGAGGUCAGCAGUGGAAUCCUUGGUAUCACCCUAAAACAGACUGCAUGCUAGAUUUCAUAUUUAUGUACACACAAAUUGUGUUCACGUUUGUGUUUGCGCCUUUGCGGUGUCACAAUUGUAUACUCAAGUGGAUUUGAUGUAGUGGUUUUAUUUAUUUUACAAUAAAUUAAGAUUUUUAUGAA